CAAUUUAUCACGGCAUAGUGUAAACAGUUAAGAAGCUCCGGUUAUGUUCUAUUAGUUUGCGCUCAUCAACAAACUCUUUUAUUAUCGACCUCAGAUUUUCUUUUUGUUCAUCAAGAACGAACAAAUAAAAAAUAUAGCCGAAUAUGAAUUAAUUUUAUGUUGUGGGGUAUAACAAAGAAAUAAUAUGUCUAAAAGAAAUAGUGACGAAAGUGGUUCUGAAGAACCACCUCUAAAAAAAGUACAAUUUGAACCAGUUAGACUUGGACCAAUAUCUACUAUGGAGGAUUUAGAUAUGAAAGUUCUACAAUAUCAAAAUAAAAAAUUGGCACAAAGGUUAGAACAAAGAAAUAGAUUAGAAAUGGAAUUAAGAAGUAGGAUUGAACAACUCGAAAAACGUCAAACUCAAGAUGACUCUGUGUUAAAUGUUGUAAAUAGGUAUUGGAAUCAAUUAAAUGAAGACAUUCGUGUUUUGUUGCAAAGGUUUGAUGCUGAAACAGCAGAUGAAAUAGAAAGCAGAAAUGAAAGUGAAGCUACCACAUCAUUUUUAGUUCAAUUGUCAACCUGGGAUAAAGAAGAAUUAGAUGAAAAACUUGCCCAUCGUGUACAAGUCUCAACUCGUGCUGUUGCUAAAGUUAUUCAAGCUUUUGAUAGAUUAAUGCAAAGGAAUGAGAAAAUAACUCUAGCCUUAAAAGGAGAAUUUGAUGGAGAUGAGGCACCUAAUAUGGAUGAAGUAGUAAGAAAUGCGAACAGUGAACUUCAAGCUGAAAAUCAAAACUUACAAUCUUUAAAUACAUCAUUGCAUAAAAGGCAUCAUACAAUGUCUUUGAAAUUGGCUGGAUUACAAGAUACUGUUAACUGUAAAGAAACUGAAGUUGCUGAGAUGAGAAAUCAAAUAGAAGAACUUCAAUAUGAAUAUCAAAAAAUUCAAGAUAGAAAUUAUAAACUAGAAACGCAUUUAGCUGAAGCAAGAGAUAAACUUAAAAAUUUGGAAGUUAUGCAAAUUGAUGACAAAAUUCCCCAAAAACAAGACUCAUCAAUUACUCAGUCAAAUUUAUCAUUGCAAAAGGUUGAAGAAUUACAAAAAGAAAACGAAGAGUUAAGAGAGCUUAAUAAUAAUCGACUUCAAGAAUUAGAUAAAUUACAUCAACAACAUAGGGAGACUUUAAUGGAAGUUGAAAAGUUAAAAAUGGAUCUGAGACAACUUCCCGAGAAUGUAAUAAUUGAAACAACAGAAUAUAAAUGUUUGCAAUCACAUUUCUCUGUAUUAUAUAAUGAAUUUAUGUUAAUGCGAAAUCAACUACUUGAAUCUACAGGAUUAUUGCAAAACAGUAAAAAUACACAUUUACGUCAAAUGGAAGUAAUGGAGAGUGAUGAGUUAUCUGCCCAAAAGAAGUUACGUUCAGAAUUAAUGAACUCUGAGGAUGUUAAUGCUCAAUUACGCAAAGAAUAUGAAAUGUUGCGUAUAGAAUUUGAACAAAAUUUAGCCGCAAAUGAACAAACUGGUCCAAUAAACCGAGAAAUGAGACAUUUAUUAUCUUCUUUGCAAAAUCACAAUAAUCAACUUAAAGGAGAAUUGCAUAGGUAUAAACGAAAAUACAAAGAUGCCAACGCAGAAGUUCCAAAAUUAAAAAAAGAACUGGAAGAUUUAAAAUUAAAGUUUGGUCAGCAAAUUUCAAGUAUUGUUCAAGAUACAAAAGAGGGAUUAAUUGAGUCAUGCAAAGAAGAAGAAGUUAAUUUAAAUGAAAGUCUAAAAGAAGAAUUUCAAAUGUCACAAAUUAUUCUAAAAAAAGAAGAAGAUCUCGAAGGAUUACAAUCUUUAGAAGAAAGUUCUCAAAAUGAUGAAAAAGUUGAUGUGAAAAAUGUAAAAAAAGAACAAUUAAAAGAAGGUCAACAAACACCUAAUAAAAAUACUCCUGGAACUGGCCCUACAACUACUCCAGAUCAGAAACCAGUUAAUCAAAAAGAUAUUAUUAGAAAUUGGGAAAGUGAAGCCCUUAGAGAUUUAAAAACACAACUAAAGAAAGCUGUUAAUGAUCAAAAAGAAAUGAAAUUAUUAUUAGAUAUGUAUAAAGGAGUAAGUAAAGAUCAAAGAGAUAAAGUACAAUUGAUGGCUACUGAAAAAAAGUUGAGAGCUGAGUUAGAAGAAGCAAAACAAGCUCUCAAAAAAAUUCAAGAAGGUAAACGAGAAGAACGUAAAAAGCUAGCAGAUGAAGAUGCUUUACGUAAGAUUAAACAACUUGAGGAUAAUAUUGUUCAACUUCAAAAACAAGUUGCAACUCAUAAACAAGAAGAAGAAGCUAUGCUUAAUGAAAUGGAAGUAACUGGACAAGCAUUUGAAGAUAUGCAAGAACAAAACUCACGAUUAAUUCAACAAUUACGGGAAAAAGAUGAUGCAAAUUUUAAGUUAAUGACUGAACGAAUUAAGUCUAAUCAGUUGCACAAAUUAGCUCGUGAAGAAACUGACACACUUAAAGAAUUGAUAAAAACACUCUCAAAUCAAGUUGAAAUGACGAAUACAGUUGUUCGUAAACUAGAAGAAAAAGAACGAAUACUUCAAAAUUCUUUAGCUACAGUAGAAAAAGAAUGUUCCAUUCGACAACAAGCAAUGGAAAUGCAUAAGCGUAAAGCUAUUGAAAGUGCUCAAUCUGCUGCUGAUUUAAAACUUCAUUUAGAUAAAUAUCAUGCACAAAUGAAAGAAGCACAACAAGUUGUAACAGAAAAAACAAGUGCACUUGAAGCAGAGGCAUACAAAACUAAAAGGCUUCAGGAAGAAAUUGUUCAACUAAGAAGAAAAACUGAGCGUAUGAAGAAAAUUGAACAAGCUGGUACGCUUGAUGAAGUUAUGAUGGAAGAAAUUAGAGAAUAUAAAGAAACACUUACUUGUCCUUCAUGCAAAGUAAAGCGAAAAGAUGCGGUACUCACUAAAUGUUUUCAUGUAUUUUGCUGGGAUUGUUUACGAACUCGUUAUGAAACUAGGCAAAGAAAAUGUCCAAAAUGUAAUGCAACAUUUGGAGCCAAUGAUUAUCACAGACUUUAUCUUGGUUCCUAGGCCUUUUAUAAUUUAUUACUAAAUAAUUAAAAGUAAAAUUUUUCUCUGUUACCUCUUUAAACAUUUUUUGAUGCCAUUUUCUAUUCAAUAGUAUUAUUAAAACUUCAAUUAUAUCAACUAUGAAGUUUAAUUUAUUUUGAAUUAAAUAUUAUAAUUUUUUACCCAUCUCAAUUUGAGUAACUUGCAUUAUUUCAAAAUAAUUUUA